GUGGUGAUGGAGUAUCGGUACGAUGACAGCCAGGGGGAGAGCCAGAGCCAGAACCAGGCAGCUGUUGCCUACAGUGUCUCCAGCAAUGGUGAUGAUAGCUCCAGUAGCAACAACAGCGAUAGCAGCAAUGUCAACCAUGAUGACGACCAUGAUGACAGCCAUGAUGAUGACCAUGAUGACAGCCAUGAUGACGACCAUGAUGACAGCCAUGAUGAUGACCAUGAUGACAAUGACAACCAUGAUGACCACGAGGGGCAUGAUGAUUGAGUGCAUUCCGGCUGCAGUGGGCUGCUGC